UAUAUAUAUAUAAGUUUAAGUUUAUAUUCACUUGUUAUUAGAGGAUCAUCAUAAUUAUCUUUAUCUCCUCCAAUAUUUCCACUAAUAUUAAGUAAUAAUGCCGACAAUAAAACCUCAAGGGGAUGAUCAACACAAUGAAGGGGAAGGGCAAAUCAUUAAUCCCUCAACAGUUUAUUCACAACCCUGGUGGCAUGGCAUCAGAAAUGAUGUGAUGACAUCUUUUGGUGAAACGAAUGGUGUUUCUAAGGUUGAGGCUCAAUUACAAAUCACAAGUGAUAGCGUUGCUGACGAUACCAAAUCCACCACAGCUCCAAAAUCUGGAUUGAAUGUAAACAAUGGCCAAGAGCGGCAACAAAGUAAACAAGUUGAGAAAAUUUCACCAACAGAAAUUGUCAUGACAUCUAAUGCAUAUCAGGAUCCACAUUAUGUAGGAAUGGUGACUUAUGGAACACAGGCACAUCCACACUUGCUUGGGAUGCAGCAGACCAGAAUGCCGUUGCCUCUUGAAAUGGAAGAGGAGCCUGUUUAUGUGAAUGCAAAACAAUAUCGUGGGAUCCUGAGACGAAGACAGUCAAGAGCUAAAGCGGAAUUGGAAAAGAAAAUUGUCAAAUCCAGAAAGCCGUAUCUUCAUGAAUCUCGACACCAACAUGCUAUGAAAAGGGCUCGUGGUUGUGGAGGGCGCUUCCUCAAUACAAAAAAACUUGGCAGUGACACAUCCACAAAUUCUGCUCAGCACAAGGAGUCAAAAUCAGGUGUACCCAUAUCAACACGAUCAUUCAACUCAUCUGGUUUGGAUCAUCUGUCCACGGAUUAUCCUGAAAAUUCUACAAUCUUUGAAAAUAUGCUCAAAAGAAACACAUCCACAGAUGGCAACAAUAACGAGCACCACAGUUUGUCUUCAUCAUACAACUUGCAUUUGAUGGGCAUGGAAGAGGGAGUGCAUUUCUUCAAAUCGGAGCGAGGUGGUGUUUUAAAUCAACCCCUCGAACGGGAUCGUUACUACAACUGAUAAAAGGCAAUUCAUUCUUGGCUUUGGUUACUUGUGAUCUCAUGGGGUAAAGAUAUGAAAGACUGGGAUGGUGAAGCCUUGUUGACCUUAUCUCAGAUCCCCUGUGCACACUCUUAAGUUGUAUCAUGUAGGAAAAAAGUUGUACAGUUUAAACGUCAAAGUCUACAGAAGGCCGGAGUGACCUUCUACACGACACCUGCUUGCCAUAUUUGGAAUUUGUUUGCAAAUUAUUAUAUGUUCAAAGAAACAAGAAUCUAGUAUACGUCUUGUCUUCUUAGGACCAAACUAUAUCUUCAAAAAAUCAAAAUGUAAGUUUACCAUGUUCAUUGGAAUCAAACUUGACAUGUAUUGUCAGUUUGCGUGAA